CAUUUCACUUCCCCCAAAUGGCAAAAUAGAUCCAUUCACAUCUCCAAGUGUUCAAUUUCCCCUAUUAUACACCUCGCUCUGUCCUCAUGCAAAUCCAAAAUCCCUUUGGUGCAAUUUUUUCAGUUGAAGUUUUUAUGCUGGCCUAGCGAUGGCCUCCAAGAAAAUAAUUGCCAUUUGUCAAUCUGGAGGGGAGUUUGUGACCAACAACGAAGAUGGAUCUUUGACAUAUGUUGGUGGGGAGGCAUAUGCUCUAGACCUUGAUAACCAGACACUUCUGAAAGAUUUUAAGCAAGAAGUAGCGGAAAACUUUGAGUGUGGUAUUGAUGGAAUGACGAUUAAGUAUUUUCUCCCUGGGAAUAAGAAGACUCUCAUUACAAUAUCUAAAGAUAAGGACCUCAAGCGUAUGAUCAACUUCUUCAAGGAUUCUGAACAAGUAGAGGUGUUUAUAAUUGUAGAAGAACCCGUUGCUCGAAGUACUCCAAAUGUGACUGCCAGUAGGUCGAGCAGGACUACUGUGUCGGAGCCUCCACUUACCCCUGCUAACCCCGUGGAUAUGGUCGAUCCUGAUGAUCUGCUUCAAGUCCCAGUUGAUACUAGUCCCCUAGCUGUUUAUCCAAGUAGCAAUAGCAAUGAUGAGAAGCAUCGCAAAGCAGCUAUGCAGUGGGAGAAUGCAAUUACUGGCGUUGGCCAAAGAUUUAACAGCUUUUCUGAAUUCCGUGAAGCUCUACAUAAGUACUCGAUUGCCCAAGGAUUCACUUAUAAAUAUAAGAAAAAUGAAAGUCGUCGAGUAACUGCUAAAUGUAAGUCGGAAGGUUGUCCUUGGUCAAUAUAUGCAUCGAAGUUGCCUACCACCGAGCUAAUAUGCAUUAAGACAAUGAACCCGAAGCAUACAUGUGAAGGAGCUGCAGUAAAAGCUGGGUACCGGUCCACAAGGGGAUGGAUGGGAAAUAUAAUAAAGGAAAAGUUGAAGUAUGCUCCCAAUUACAAGCCAAAGGAUAUUGCAAAUGAUAUUGAGCGUGAAUAUGGCAUUCAGCUGAACUACUCUCAGGCAAGACGUGCAAAAGAGAAGGCAAGAGAGCAGCUUCAGGGUUCUUACAGAGAGGCAUACAGUCAGUUACCUUUAUUAUGUGAGAAAAUUGUAGAAACUAAUCCUGGUAGUGUUGCUACAGUUGCGGCAAAGGAUGACUCGAGCUUCCAUCGUCUAUUUAUCUCAUUUCAUGCCUCAUUAUCUGGUUUUCGACAAGGUUGCCGCCCUCUUCUAUUCCUUGACAGCGCUCUUCUCUAUGCAAAAUAUCAGGGAACACUGUUGGCAGCGGUAGGUGUUGACGGGGAGGAUGGUGUCUUUCCUUUAGCCUUUGCGGUUGUAGAUGAGGAGACCAAGGACAACUGGCAUUGGUUUCUUUCAGAACUUAAAUCUGCUGUCUCAAUGUCCUGUCCUAUAACAUUUGUUUGUGAUUUCCAAAGGGGCUUAAGGGAGUCAAUUAACGAUAUAUUUAAUGAAGAGGGUUACCAUGGUUAUUGCCUGCGCUAUCUUGCGGAAAAAUUAAAUAACGAUCUGCAAGGACAGUUUUCUCAUGAAGCUAGACGUCUUAUGAUCCAAGAUUUAUAUACUGCUGCUUGUGCCCCAACACUUGAUAGUUUUGAGCGCUGUGCUGAGAAUAUAAGAGCAAUCUCACCUGUUGCAUAUGAUUGGGUCACUCGAAGUGAGCCCGACCAUUGGGCGAACGCCCUUUUUGGUGGGACAAGGUAUGGCCUCUUGACAUCUAACAUUGGGCAGCUUUUUUAUGAUUGGGUUAUGGAGGUGAAUGAGCUGCCGAUAGUUCAAAUGGUCGAUGUAUUACGAGGGAAGAUAAUGGAAUUGAUCUAUACUAGGCGUGUUGAGUCCAGUCAGUGGGCUACGAGAUUGACACCGUUGAUGGAAGAGAAACUUCAGAGCGAAACGUCAAAAGCAAGGUUACUUCAAGUAUUACCCUCACACGGGAGCACAUUUGAAGUUCGUGGUGGUGAGUCUGGUGACGUAGUUGAUAUUGAUCAAUGGGAUUGUAGUUGCAAAGGUUGGCAACUAAAUGGGAUGCCUUGUUGCCAUGCUAUUGCUGUUUUUGAAUGCAUAGGAAGGAGUCCAUAUGAUUAUUGUUCCAGAUACUUCACAACCGAGAGUUACCAUGUAACAUAUGCUGAAUCGAUUAACCCCAUACCUAACCUGGAAAAACCAGCAAGUGGUGUAAUUGAUGCGGCAAUUAUUAUUACUCCCCCACCAACCAAACGUCCACCUGGCCGACCAAAGAUGAAAAAGGUCGACGCUUUUGACAUGGUUAAACGGCAGAUGCAGUGUAGCAAGUGUAAGGGCCUGGGUCACAAUAAGAAGACGUGCGGGAAGCUAAAUCAGAUCGAAGAACCAGAUCCUCUACUUGUUACGGGCUUGGUAACUGAAGACCUUGAAGGCACAGAGUGAAGUUUUGGUAUCUUGUUCACUAUAGGUUACGGGUUCGAACCGUGGAAGCAGCCACUAAUACUUGCUUAGGGUAAGCUGUAUGAACGCCUGCAUGAACGCAAGAUGCCUUGUACAUUGGACUGCCCCUUUUUUUUUUGGUUCACCAGAGUUAAAAGUUAAAUUGCUUAGAUACUUGUUUGACAGAUAUCUGGAAAACCUUAGUUAGAUCUUUGAUUAAAGAAAUAAUCUGUCAUCUUUUUUUAGUGGGUUUCAUUAGUCAGAACUAGUCUCUUAAAGUCGCGCAUGCUGGUUUUAUUGUCGUCCCUCUCCCUUGAAUUGGAGAUAUAAUUACAGAAGGAAAGCAUAAACUUACCCCUGA